AUGGCAAAGGACAUCGAACUUAGAAGUUUUAUGUUGGACACUAUGCAAAGCUAUGAAGAAAAGGGAUACAUCCGGAGAUUAACAGAAAGUGAGCUAAAUAAGGGUAAAAGUUCAUGGUUUCUUCCUAUAUUUACAGUCACUAACCCGAACAAGAACAAGACGAGGCUGGUCUGGGAUGCAGCUGCGAAAGUCAAAGGCACGUCAUUGAACGAGGUCUUGCUAAAGGGCCCGGAUAUACUGGCAUCUCUAGUUAGCGUGCUAAUACGUUUUCGGGAGCGACCAGUAGCAGUGGCUAGUGACAUAAGUGAGAUGUUUCACCAAGUAAGAGUGCGCCCAGAGGACCAGACGGCUCAGAAGUUUCUAUGGCGCAGUGGAAAUUCGGCUAGGGCGGCAGAAACAAACACGUUUGUCGACGACUGGCUCGAGUCGACAAACACCGAAGACGAGAUGACGGAGUUGGCCAUGGAGGUGCAGAGAAUUCACUUGGAGGUUGGAUUCAACAUGAGGCGCUGGACUUCGAAUUCUGCGAGCGUAGUGAGAGCGCUCAAGAACCAGGAAGGAUACGUGCCUAGGGAGGUCGGAUUCCUUGAAAAAACGCAAGAUAAGGUUUUAGGCAUGUGGUGGCUGCCCGUGACAGAUCAACUUACGUGUGUAGUCAAGCCGGAUUUGCUUGAUAGAUCACCGAAAGACUAUCCUACCAAAAGAACUGUGUUAAGUGUAAAUAUCUGGCGAGCAGGAACGGAUUGGGAUGAGUCUCUUCAGGAAAAGGACCAAGAAGACUGGAAAAUUUGGGUGAAGCUGUUACCCAAAAUCAACGAAGUGAGGAUUUCAAGGUGCAUGCCGAAGGUUUGUUGUGCAAGACGAGUACAACUUCACACGUUUGUGGACGCCAGCAUCAACGCUUAUGCACCGCUUGUGUACCAGCGAGCAGACGUGGAUGGAAUAGUCCACUGUCCCCUGCUAGCGUCUAAGACACGAGAGGCCCCCUUGAAGCCAGUCUCAAUACCACGGAUAGAACUGAAGGCUGCUGUUUUAUGUUUACGGCUGACGAAAUUCAUCGAACCAGAACUCUCAUUAACAGUAUGUCAGCAUAUUUUCUGGACGGAUUCAAAGGAUGUUUUAUGCUGGAUUAGAUCAGAUGCCCGCAAAUACAAUCAAUUUGUGGCAUUGCGUGUUGGAGAAAUUCUGGAAGACUCUAACGUGCUAUCUUGGCGAUGGGUGCCCACACAGCAUAAUGUUGCAGACGAUGGCACGAAAUGGACAAAGAUGCCAUACAUGACCGGGACUGGCGUGGAGCAACAGUAUCCAACGUUGGAGUUCAAGUUUAACCCAGGUUCACCGCACGUGGGCGGCGUUUGGGAGCGACUGGUACGUUCUACUAAAUCUAUACUUUCAGAAAUACUGCCAAUGGCCGGCCUGAAGGAAGAGGUGUUAAGAGGAGCGUUUGCUGACGCAGUUCUAGUGGCCUACGUGAGAGCGGCUCACUGCAACAGUCUGGUCCGCAACUCGCAAAAGGAUAUCCUGUUGCCAGCCAAAUUGCCGACCGUUUCUGGAAGAGGUGGUUAG